AUGUUCGCCGCGUCUUCUGCUGAAGGGGAGGUGCUUCUUAGGUUCAUGCGCGAGCAAGCGGAGGCGACGAGCGAGCUGAAGAGCGAGAUGGAGUCCAUCCAGGAGCUGCACAGCCGCAUUCAGGAGUACGGGGAGUGGAACUCGCUGCAGGAGAUGGUGACGCAGGGCAAGCUGGUGGAGAAGCUGCAGGGCCACUGCCUCUGGGCGUACCACCUCGACUUCCUCGUGCAGCUGCUCAUCAUAGCAGCAUGCUACGUGCGCAAGAAGAUCUUCGCAGCGUUUGGGCACGGCAUGUGUCCGCCGCGCAUCCGGGAGGCGUGUGUGGGGGAGGCGGGCCUCGCGCUGCACUAUGCCAACGUGGUGGUGCUGCUGGAACGGAUCAUACAACAGCCGGACGAAGUGCUAGGGCCUACAAGGGACGAGCUCUAUGAAAUGCUUCCGCGCAACAUACAGUACCUGCUGCGCGUGCAGCUGCAGGAUUCACUCAACUUCCAGGCGGAUGGGCGAGUGGAGGCGAAUCUCAAGCGCGGGCUGCUGCUGCUGCCCACCAUGGCGCACAACACCAUCACCUGGCACUCGCUGCACACCCCUGGAGCUGCUCUUGACUCCUCUGAGACAGUGUUUCAAGUGCAGACGUUCUACUUUGCGAAUCUGCAGGCAGUGAACGCCACUCUAGUGGACGUGCUCCUGGGCCUGUGCCGCAUCUGCGGCGUGGAGUCCCCUAUAGGCUGUGUGUCCACGCAGGUGCCGGCCUCCCUCGACUACUCCCAGCUCGUGGCAGAGAAGGUGGCGGAGGCGGAGCGCCAGUUCCGCAAGGCGUGUGGCAUGGAUGAGAGGGACGAGGACUGGUUUGGGGGGGAGGUCACCAAGGUGCAUGAUGACUCGUGCCAGGCUAGACGCGCGCAAACGCCGAGGGGUGGUGAGGCGGCUCCAGUAGCUUCAGCAGUGUCAGUAGUUUCAGCAGCUUCGGGCAGUGUUGUGCGGGAAAAGGGCUUGCAGUGCAAUCGACCACACACGCCCGCGCCCACUGCUGCUACUGUCUCCGCCUCUUCUACAUCGUUUGCUGCCACUGCCGCUGCCAACGCUGCUGCUGCUGCCUCUGCUGCUGCCGAACUUGGUGCCAGUGGUUCUGCUGCUGCUGCUUGCUCCAGUGGAGAAGGAGAGGGCAGCAGGGGCACAAGCACGGCCACUAACAUGAAUAUACACAAGAGCAGCAGCACAGGCAGUGCUGGUGGCGGCGGUGGUGUGAAUGGCGGCAGUGACAGCACAGGCAGCCCUGCCUUCGUGACUCCCCCCGAGUCCCCUGCCAGCGCCGUUUCCCUGCCCUCUGCCAUCCCUGUGUCUCGCUCUGAAGGUGGGGGGGUGGAGAGGAAGGGGGGUGCUGGGAGGAGGGAGAGGGGGAGGACGGGUGGUAGGGACGGGGAGGAGCAGAGUCAGAGCCUGGAGGAGAGGGGUGGAGAGAAGGCGGGGAGUGGGGAGGAGUUGGGUGAAGCGGAGAAGGGUGGGAAGAGCAGGGCAGGAGGCAGUAGGGCUAAGAAGAGCAGCCAGGGCGAAAGGUCCAGCAGCAGCGGUAGUGGCAGUGGUAGUGGCAGCGGUAGUGGCAGUGGUAGUGGUAAAGUGAGAGGCAGAAGCAAGCUGCAGGAGAAGGAGCUUCCACGAGCCCACACGGCGCCUACUGCUGAAACAGCAGCAGCAGCGGUGCUUGAUGUACGAGAUAGUGGCGGUGACGGCGGUGGAUCCCCUUCCAGAGUCCCCACCAAGCCCUCCUCUGGCCGCCCCACGAGAUCCAGACCCAGUAGUAGCCGGUUCAAGGGGACAGAUGCGUCUGGUUCUGCUGCUGCUGCUGGUGGUGGUGUUGGUGGUGUUGGUCCUUCUGGUUCCUCCUCCUCCUCCCCCUCUCGUCUCCCCACGCCUCCCCCUCCGGCCACCUACUCCCGACCGCGCAUCCCCUCCUCUCGAUCAGACAGCUCCUUCCUGCAGCAGCAGGGGGGCGGAGGGCGGAGAGGGAAAGAGAGCAUGCGAAACAGCGGCGGUGGGGUGUGUAAGAGCCAGAGCUGCAGCCCACAGGCAGACAGGCUCGUGGUUGCUUCCUGUGCUUCCUCCUCUCCUGGCCGUCCCUCCCCUGGCCGGCUCUCCCCAAGUGACGCCUCCCCCAGUCGAGCCUCCCCCAGUCGAGCCUCCCCUGGUCGCGGCUCCCCCGGGCAAGCCUCUGGGUGCUUCUCCCCUCAGGGCCUCCCGUUCCUCUCCCCCGCUGGUACCCCCUCCCCUGCUGACUCCCCCCGCUCGUCCCGACUGGGGCGGGGGGAGGCAAGGGGGAACGUGGGGGAAGGAUUGGGGGAAGGAGAGGCCAGAGGGGAGGGGCGGGGGGCAAGAGAGGCGACUGGGGAGGUAUUGGGCGGAAGAGGGGCCACUGGGGAUGGGCAGGGGGAAGGAGAGCAGGAGAGGGAGACACAGGGGGGGGCAGAGUUAGAGGCGGCCACAGGGGAAGCGAGGAAACGGAGCAGCAGGAGCAGCUGGGGGUCGCAGCGGUGGGGCUUUGGCAAGUCUAGAUCCAUGCGAGUGACCACAGCUCCCCCCGCCACGCCUCCUCGCCCCUCCACCCCUCCCCCCAGCAGCUUCUCUUCCGAUCCCAUGCUUGCUGCUGGUGCCACUGAUUGGGAUACCGAAAGCCCUGCUGUUGCCAGGGUUGACGGGAGCCUUUCACUGGAUCAUUCCCUCUCCUCCUCUCUGCUCUCCCCCUCGCUGCUGGAAACCAGGCGACUACGCAAAGCCAUGCAGGGAGGGGCGAUUGUGGGGUGUUUCACCGGGGGUGGGGCAGCAGCAGCUUUGGACAGUGAGUCAGAGGCGGAAGGGGGACGGAGGGCGAGGGGAGGCUCUAGGCCUGGUACAGGCAGGUCUAGCGGGAGGGUGAAGGGCGAGCGAGUGAGUGGGGGAAGGGUGAGUGGAAGAGCAAGUGGUGAAUCAGGUGGCUCAGGGCGACGAUCGAAGCUGCUUGGGGGUAGCAGCAGGGAGAAUGUCAAGGGCAGUGGGGAUGGGAGCGGGAGACGGAGUGGUGGUGCUGAUGCUGAGGGAGCGACCAGCAGCAGCACUCCGAGAAAGACCAAGCAUUUCUACUCCCAGCCAAUGCCGCAGCGUGCGCAGUGGAAUGAGCAGAUGGGGGUUGCAACGGAGGCUGACGGGGCCUCGUAA